AAAAGACAAAUAAAUCAAGAAAAUAAUGAAGAAUAUCAGAAAGAAAUUAUAAUUAGUCAACCUAUUAGAGUACCCCAAAUGUCAUUGAAAAGCCUUGAUAUAGGAUGUGGUAUUGGUAAGAGACAGUUUGGCCAUGUUUACAUUGCAAGGGAAAAAAUAAGUGGCUAUAUAGUAGCCUUGAAGAUGCUAUCUAUUGGGAAAUUAAUUAAAGUAAACGCUAAAAGACAAUUGAGAUGCGAAGUAGAGAUACAGAUGAAUCUAAGGCAUCCAAAUAUUCUUCGACUUCUUGGGAAUUUUCAAGAUGAUAUAUAUUUUGUUCUAAUUCUUGAAUAUGCAGCCAAAGGAAAACUUUAUAAACAACUUGUAAAAUCAGGUAGACUUAAAGAAAAAAAAGCAUCAAAGUAUAUUGCACAAACAGCUAGAGCUUUAAGUUAUAUUCACCAAAAACACGUUAUUCAUCAAGAUAUAAAACCAGAAAACAUGUUAAUAGAUUUGAAUGACGAGAUCAAAAUUGCAGAUUUUGGAUGGUCUGUGCAUACGAUUCAAAGGUUGCUUUUAUAUAUAAAGCGUAAAACAUUUUGUGGUACAUUGGAUUAUCUUCCACCCGAAUUGAUAGAAGGCAAAGAAUAUGAUGAAAAGAUAGACCUUUGGUCACUUGAUAACAAAAUAAAUAAUAUGGGCUAG